UUCUGUGUUGUGGCUCCUCAUCUGAAGCCGGCAGAUCUUCAGAAGCUGCGCUGCGGAUGAAAAUGAGACUUCUUAUUUUCCUGAGUCUUUUAUUCGUCGCUGGACGCGUCACCGCAGCCUCUGUAAAUCAGACGAUGGAGGCAGAAGAAGGCGGCAGCGUCUUUUUCCAGUGUCACCUGGAUCAUCAAGUCAACGUGUCAGGUUCACCUGUGAAGUGGAGUAAAGACGGCAGCUCGAAUGUCGUCCACCUUUACAUUCGUAGACAAGAUCAUGCUGACGCCCAGAAUGAAGAGUUUAGAAACAGGACGCUUCUCUUCCACGAAGGCUUGAGCAGAGGAAACGUGACGCUGCAGCUCUCCUCUGUGCGGCCGUCUGAUGCCGGAGGAUACAGAUGUUAUGUUCGACUUCAGGGCGCCUCUUGUUACUUUACCCUCAAAGUUGGUCGAAAAGGCCAAACAACCGGAGCACAACAAGGUGAUUCCAACACAACCAGACCUCCGCCUGAAGACCUGACCAAGCCAGUCCACACAAGACGCAGACUCAGGGAAGUCUCUGUCGGCAUCAUUCUCACUGUUGUCGGAUGUUUCGGAGUCCUGGUUCUGAUGAUCUGUAGAAAGGCUCUGAUUCACCGCAGGAGCCGCGAGUUGGGGGCGGGGCAAGAAACCUGACACCCAAUCAAAGGAGGGGGGAUGAAGACCCAGACAGCGCUGCCAGAAACGGCUCCUGAAACAUCAGCUGGAGGUGAAGGCUGGAGAACGACCAAUCAGCAAAGACUGACUCAACAUCUGUGACGAAUGACAGUAACUUAACUCUUCAUUUAUAGAUACGUAGAUGGAUAGAUAUUUUUUUCAUCCACUUGGGGCAAUUAUUAUAAACUGUAUAUGGGGAAAUAUUAUUAUAUUUAAGAUUUUUCCAAUCUUCACUUUAGUCUGUGACGUUUGGAUCGACAGUAUUUCUCCAACAGUAGCGGUUGUUGCCGAGCAUCUGGUUUUUAAAAUGGGAUUUGUCAGAACGGUUAGCAUAGUUAGCAUCUUUUAUUUGUGCAUAUUAAUGUUUGUUAGCUUGUAACUGGCUGUGGAUGAUGCAUUGUUAGCAACUGUGCUAAUGCUAAAUCUUGCUCUCUGCACUGACUAGGUUUCAGGUUUAUUAAGCCCCGCCCCCUCGUCCCCACAAGUGGACAGGAUUGGUUCCUUAGCUUUGUGACGUAUGAAACCCUGACUGUCUGAAUGUGAAUUUAUGAACGUGGCUCGUGAUAAGUCUCGUGUCGUGAGGGAGGCGACGAUCGUCAGAGGUCAACGACAGCCGCCAUAUUGGCUACUGGCAAUUUCACAGGGCAAUAGGACAAUCACGGAUAAGAUAUUAUAUAAAUAUACUGUAUUAUGUAAAAAACACUUUCUUUUCUAGCUUACUAAGUUAUUUCACUGAUCGGACGCCACUUCACAUCUCUGUGAGCGUAACUAAAGCAGCUUUUUGUCUCUUUUGUCCAGCACUUUAAGUUUAUUUUUUUCCGGCUGCGUCUCACUUUGUGGUAGAUUUUAACUGGUCAAACAAACUUCCUGAUGACUUGAAAAACGGUUUCAUCCGUCCACAAGUAAACUGCACACUUUAUUUUCUGUUUGUUGUUUGCGUCUUUUAGAGUGAGAUGUUAUUUAAUGUUCCUGAUUUCCAGUCUUCUUGAACAUAAUGUAUUUUAAUGUAUGUGCUGUAUAAAGCUCCUUUUUAACCUGUAAUGAAAUAAUUAAUAAGAUCUGUCUUUUUAUCAUC